UAUAUAUAUAGCUAGAUGGCCAUGGACUUCGGGUAUCAAGCUACUUCUUCUUCUUCAUCAUCAUUCAAAGAAACCAUACAUAUCUAUUUUAGAGAGAGAGAGAUGGCAGAACUGGCAAUAUUUCCAAUGAAUGGUGGAUCUGGUCUCCAUAGCUACGGCAGAAACUCCACCUUUCAAAGAAAGGGAGUUGAGCUCGCUGCAGAACUGAUCAACAAAGGAAUUGCUGAGAAGCUUGACCUCAGCAAGUUUCCUUCAUCAAAGGCCUUUCGAGUGGCCGAUUUGGGUUGCUCAGUUGGACCGAACACAUUCCUAGCCGUCGAAAACAUAGUUGAUUCCGUGGAGCUCAAGUACAAACGCCAAGGACUCGGUUACCUUCUUCCCGAGUUCCAAGUCUUCUUUAACGAUCAUGCCUCCAAUGAUUUCAACCAGCUUUUCACCACGCUUCCUCAGAAAAGGAGAUACUAUGCUACAGGCGUGCCGGGUUCUUUCCAUGAUCGACUAUUCCCGGCUUCUUCUCUGCAUUUUGUCCACUCUUCCUAUGCCGCUCAAUGGCUUUCAAGAAUUCCAAAAGAGUUGGUGGACAAGACCUCUCCUGCUUGGAACAAAGGGAGGAUUCACUACUCGAACUCUGCUAUCGAAGUUCGAAAAUCUUAUGAGGCUCAGUUUUACAACGACAUGCAGAGGUUUCUUAAUGCUCGGGCCCAUGAGAUUUUGCGUGGGGGCAUGAUGGCUCUUAUUCUUCCUGUUUGCCCUAAUGGAACCCCUCAUUCUCAAGUUUUUCUCAACAAAACGACUGAACUUCUUGGGCUUUGCCUCUUGGACGUGGCCAAAAGAGGUAUUAUCAGUGAAGAGGAAAUAGACAGUUUUAACCAACCACAAUACAAUGCAACUUUUGAACAAGUGGAAGAAAUUCUGGAUCGAAAUGGAUGUUUCAGCAUAGAAAUAAUGGAGACCUUACCUUUUGAAAAGCCAUCACCUAUGGUCUUCUCCUCUGUACUCAGAGCUGGCUUAGGACCACUGAUAGAGAGACAUUUUGGACCUGAGAUUUUAGACGAGCUGUUUGAUCUAUUAUGCAAGAGAUUUGAAGAUUCGUUCUCUAUCAUUGAUCCUGAGGAAACAAAUGUCUCUCUAUUUGUUCUACUCAAACGCAAAGCAAUUUAGAAAAUGUGGGUUUUGGGGGAUGAACAAGGAGAUACAAGUUCUUUAAUAUUAGUGCGAUUGUAUUUUUAAGAUUUCGAGUUCAUGAAAGCUAUAUAUAUAUAUAUAUAUAUUCCAGUCCAGAUUCAGCCUGAAUUGGCUUUUAAGCUGAAGAGAAGAUGAACAAGGAGUCCAGCUUUUAGCAUGUUUAGGCAGUUCAAGGCACUAAAUAAAAGUGUGAGGUGCAAUUAGUAUUAAAUUUUCUUCUUUGAAUUUGAAUAAACUCCAUUGUUGUUACA